AUGUUCAGCAUGACUGUGAUGGUGUCCCCGUCUGCGCUGACCGGUGGUGGAAAUCUUCCAGGCCAAACUGGAUGUUCCUUGAGAUCUGCACAAGUUGAUGCCAAGGAAAUGUUGCCAGAACAAUCACACCAGAGAACUGAACAAAGCUGUGGUGGAACUGUUCCUGAGAAUUGGUUUCCAUCCAAUCUCAAUGUAAUGGAUGCAUUCAGCUCAUGGGGAAGCACGCCGGUCAGCCUGUUGUCUUGGAGAUACAAGGUUUCUAAUGAGGUCAUCAAGCCAAUCUGGGUUGGUAAAGUCCCCGUGAUGUAA